UUACAGCACUAGUGCAUCCACCGCGCAAUUACUAUCAGGUGUUCGGUUCGUUAGUUCAGUUUGGUCUAAUAUUUUGCCAUAUAUCGUAAUAAAUUGUAUAGAUAGUUACCAUGCGGCAAAACGCGAUAAUUAGUUGUCUAUUGCUGUUAUUCCACAAUGUGUGCUGCAACUAUGAUGACUGGGUUGAGCCAAACGCUUGGGCGACAGACCAACUCAAUCACCAUUGGACGGAGUCCUGCCAAUGCCCGCCUCAAUUGCCUGCAGAAAAAGCAGUCAUAGAGGAUCAACUGACUUUAAUGUAUUUCAAAAAGUUUGUUAAUAUCUUAUUCAAUCCUAAUCAAAUGAAGUAUAGCGAAAAAUCGACGCUAUUUAAGCGAUCGCUAUUGUUUACAUUGCGGCAAUCGCAGAUUGAUGAGCUUAAAGCGGUGCAAGAUGUGCGUGAUCUGGAUAUUCUGCUCACCACAAUACUGGAAGAAGCUACAGAUGUGCCUUUAUGCUCGGAUUAUGAUGACUAUUACCAUACACAUAAACUAAUGGGAUCGAUUGCGCUUAUUACGGACAUAUUCAAGGAUUUUGUUCAGUUGCUCAGAAUACGAGAGGUGAGAUUCGUGGCGAUAGUGCUUCUGGCAAUUGUUGCCGGAUGUUUUGUGAAAAAACGAUAUGGAUAUUCCACUCUAGGCAUUAUUGCAAGCGGUGUUUUUCUGUUUGGCUACUUCUAUACUUAUUUAGAGUGCAAUAGGAAACUAGAAGUUGAGCAAAUGAUCGACGAAAUUGAUAGCAAUCAGAAGUCCAUGAAUAAUUCUGAAAAAAACUGGUUUUCAAGAAUAUUUAGCUAUUUUCAGUCUCCAGAAUGGAAUCAGAAGCAGAAGCUCAUAAAAGCAAACGAAUUGAAUAUGCCUUACUGUCGACCCGAUCACGUAUUUAUUAUGUAUAUAAACGAUUUAUUCCUCAAACAAGUCGAUAUGAUAAUAGAAAAGACAUCACAAAGCAUUAUAACUUUGCAUGGUAAAUUACCGUUUCCCUUGAACUUCAUGGCUCCAUUCUUCGUAAUCGCCACUCUUGGCUUAUUGCUAUAUCUAGCUUGCAAGUAUCUGUUGAGUCCUCGGGCAUGGAUGUCACUGAAAAAUAGAAGAUCCUCUGCACCUGCCGCAAACACGCAACCAUCAGUAGAAGAUCGUUUGUCUGGUGAAAACCUUAAGUUGUUCUUAAACGUUAUGACCCGAACGCAAAUAGAAUCACAACUACCAGAGUCGGGUGUACAAGAGCUAGUGGAACCACAAUCACUAUCAUGGCCAUCAAACAAAUUACAGUCUGAAAGCAAUCGAAAUUCCGAUCCAGUUUCAAACGGAAAUCCCAAUCACAGUAAUUCAUCAGUAGAUAUUGCUAAGGAAGCUGGAUUUACGGUUGUGGAUGAUAAUGAGAAUGAUGAACAUAUUGAAAGUAGUUAGCGUUUGUCUAAAAAUGUUAUGUCUUUUAAUGUGAUGUAUAUGAUUAUUUAUAUUAAUUUGUUACCAAUUCUCUAUUUUUUAAUUUUUUUUUAGGUAUAAUUUUGUAAAUUGUAAGCAGCUUUCUGUAUGUAAAUAAGUAUUAUACCUCCUUUUUGUAAUAAAACAUGUAUUAUAACUUUUUAGCUGCCACCGGUAAAGAUUUGUGGAGCUUGUUGAUAUAAUAAAUGUGGAUUUUAAGAUUUUCAAAAGUA